AUCCCACAGCAUUAAACUGCAUUUGUUCCGCAGUGUGGGACUGGAAAUCCCAAAAGACCUCUCUGCUGUUUGUCACCCGUUUCCUGAAAUGGCUUUUUUUUUUUGCUUUUUGUGCCUUUGCAACCACAUCGUCUGCACCCACUUCCUCAUGCGCUGAGCACUGGGCCUUGCGUCUUUUCCUUUUUUGCACAAAUCUGCACCUUUUCAUUUGCCAAAAUCUGCCCCACAAGGCCAUGGAGAUCUAUAGAUCCCAAGUGGGGGACUAAAGGGAGUCUUAGAAAAGUCUGAGAAAAAUAAAUCUGGAAAGAAGAUUGGAACGAUUAAAAGAAGAACUGCUUUUCUAUGGUUUCCUGACACGCCAAGGAGGAAGUGGUUGUCAAACUUCGCCUUUUCCCACCCCAAAAAUAAUGCGUUUUUGAAUAUAUAAUCAUCCAUUUUUCCAUCAAGAAAAGGGUUCCAGAUUCGUAUUUGGCUGCGCGGGCCUUGUGGCCGGAGGUGGACUAUGUCUCUCAAGCUGCCACGGAGCUGGGAUUUCGGCCUGCGAAUGGACAAAAUGGUGCGGUCCCAGAGUGUGAUGGCGCUAGAGGCAAAGGGCCCUGUGGCUCCGGGGCCCCUGAAGGCUGGCUGGCUGAAGAAGCAGCGCUCCAUCGUCCGGAACUGGCAGCAGCGCUACUUCGUUCUCCAAGGGCAGCGCCUCUACUACUUCAAGGACGAGGAUGAUCUCAAGCCCCAGGGCCUGGUGCAACUGCAGGGCAGCAGCAUCCAAGAAGUGGCCCCUGCCUCCGACGAAGCCGGGAAAUUCAUCUUUGAAAUCAUCCCAGGAACUUCGGGGGACCAGACUCGGACCGGACCGGACUCCUGCGUUCUGAUGGCCGGAUCCCAAUCCGACAUGGACGAAUGGGUCAAGCUCCUACGCCGGGCCGUUGGGUCUGCCUUAGGAGUGGUUUUUGGACAGCAGCUGGCGGAGACCAUGGCCUACGAGCAGCGCUUUGGGCAGCACCUCGUCCCCAUCUUGGUGGAGAAAUGCGCAGAAUUCAUCCGAAACCACGGCCUCCACGAAGAAGGGAUUUUCCGGCUUCCCGGACAAGAUAACCUCGUCAAGCAGCUUCGGGAUGCCUUCGAUGCCGGGGAGAGGCCCUCCUUCGACCAAGAUACGGAUGUCCAUACCGUGGCCUCUUUGCUCAAGCUCUACCUGCGAGAACUUCCGGAACCGGUCAUCCCUCGUUCGCAAUAUGAAGACUUCCUUCUGUGCGGACAGCUUCUGGCGGCAAAUGAGACCAAGGGCCGCCAAUUGUUGUCGAAGCAGCUGGGUCUUUUGCCCCGAGACAAUUACAACCUCCUCAGCUACAUUUGCAGGUUCCUCCAUGAAAUCGAUCUCUGCUCAGCGACCAACAAGAUGAGUGUGGAGAACCUGGCCACAGUCUUCGGGGUCAACCUCAUCCGGCCCAAGGUGGAGGACCCAGUGACCAUCAUGAAAGGGACCCCCCAAAUCCAGCGGGUCAUGGCAGCCCUGAUCCGUGGGCACGACCGCUUCUUCCCGCCUUCCAAGGACCAGAGGCCUCCUCCGCCACAACAAGCCAGUGACCCCAAGAAGAACCUGGUGCCUCGAAAUGCUGUUGGGUGGGACGCCGUCCCCAUGUCCAUGGCACCAAGGAGCGAAACCCUUUGGGAAGUGAGAGAUGAUCUAGAACCCUCUGGAGGAGACCAUUCCAUGGAAGGCAAUGGGGAAUUGCUGGACAGAGAUGCUCUGGAACCCCGGAAACGGACGCAGACGCUUCCCAGCCGGAAAUCCUUUGGGACCAUUCCGGGCUUGCAAAGGGACAAAGCUUUGGGCGAAAAUGACUUUUUCCGGAGCAGCUUCUGGACCUCAUCCUCGUCUUUGGCACAGCUCCAUCCUGUUCCUUCCUCCGCUGGACGGAGCCACAAGCGGACCUUCUCUCAAGGCAUCUCCAGACUCCUGCAUUUGCCUCAAGCAACAAACCCUUCUGUACAGGAAACCAAGAAGCCAGUCCAAGACGCGAAACAUCCUUUGAUCCUGGGAAGCGAUGAUGACCCAGGAAAGCAUCCUGAUCCUGAUCCAGAGCAAAACGGGUCUCCAGAUCCCCAUCUUGGUUUGGAUCGAGACCUUUGUGACUCGGAGGAUCCUGACUCUCUUCGGAUGAGGAUCGCGGAGUUGGAAAGGGAGAUGGCAGCACAGAAGAAGGACUAUGAAGAGCAAAUUGCGAGCCUGGAGAAGGAGAACUAUGAGGUCUGGGCCAAAGUGGUGCGGCUCAACGAAGAAAUCGAGAAGGAAAGGGUUCGAUCGGCUGAAAUGGAGCAGACGCUGCAAGAGGUCCGGUGUUCGAGGGAGGACUUGGAGAAGAAAAACAGGCUCCUUGAGGACUCCUUGAAGGCCAUGAUCCAGUCGGGAAAGAACCACUGAAAAGGAGGAGUAAAUGACCUCUCCGAAUUCAGACUCAUUGUUUUGCCAUUUAGGGCAACUUUCUCAAUGGGAGACAUAGUUGGUGUGAAUGGAAGGAAUAUUUCCUUGAUUUGCAAAAAUCAAUGGGAUAUGUAGUUAAUAUGAAUGGAAGCAUAGCUCAUUCGUUGAAAAAACAAAAGGUUUCCCAAUGCAUGGAAAACCUCAUUAGGCAGAAUGCAGUAGCCGUGAGAUGAAUUGUAGCUACAUGGUUUGCAAGGUGCAAAGUCCCUGUUUAUUGUGUCCGAUUGCAAUUCUGCAAUGAAGGAAAAAGGACAAAUGGAGGAAUAAAAGGCAC